AUGGAGACUGCAGUUGUAGUCUUCGGUUCCAUCUCGCUGCUGAAGGUGGUGAGCUACAACUUUACCAGAACCCUCAGUGCAACCAGCUGGGAACAAUUCACCAGAGCCCUCAUUGCAACUAGCCAGGAACACUGUACCAGAACCCUCAGUGCAACCAGCUGGGAACAAUUCAUCAGAACCCUCAGUGCAACUGGCCGGGAACACUGUACCAGAACCCUCAGUGCAACUAGCCGGGAAAACUAUGCCAGAACACAACAAGCCGGGAACACUGUACCGGAACCCUCAGAACAACUAGCCGGGAACACUGUACCAGAACCCUCAAACACAACUAGCUGGGAACACUGUACCGGAACCCUCAGUUCAACUAGCCGGGAACACUGUACCGGAACCCUCAGUUCAACUAGCCGGGAACACUGUACCAGAACCCUCAGUACAACUAGCCUGGAACACUGUACCGGAACCCUCAGUGCAUCUAGCCGGGAACACUGUACCGGAACCCUCAGUGCAUCUAGUCGGGAACACUGUACCGGAACCCUCAGUGCAUCUAGCCGGGAACACUGUACCGGAACCCUCAGUACAACUAGCCGGGAACACUAUGCCAGAACCCUCAGUGCAACUAGCCGGGAACACUGUACCGGAACCCUCCGUGCAUCUAGCCGGGAACACUAUGCCAGAACCCCCAGUGCAUCUGAGUAG